UGCGCAACAAUAGAUGGCCUAUCCAGUCACAAUAAAAAUGUUCGAACGAUGAAGUCGGGGACAUUCGAAUCCCCGUGAAAUUGUAGUCAUAGGCUACAGUAACUGUCAGUCAGACUUGGCCAUAUCAUGUUCUCUUCGAUGAAUAAUGCAUCCGUGCUUAUUUCGUAGGAGACAAACCCGGAUGAUCUUAUAAUGUUAACCCCAAAAUAUGGAGAAUGGCUUGCUUCAACAGGAUUGUCACCUCUGACAAUAACGGCCAAACUCUUGCCUGACUGCCUAACGACCGGAUCCAAACUGCCGCCGGUCGCGUCUUGUGCCCGAAAGCGCAGGCAGGUGGGACACACGAACCGCUUCCAGCUACAUGGCUGCAGUGAGGUGGUAGCGGGCAGCGACCUGCUCGGGCAAGCACAGGUCGAGCGAUCGGUGCGUGUGGGCAUGAACCCGACCCUGAGGAGCAUUAGGACAGCUGACUUUCCAGUCCGUGGUCAUGAGGAUGCCCCCUGCCACGAGUCCCUUCUGCCACAGAUCAUGUCUCCGCUGAGCGCUGCCAUGCCCACCCACUCUAGACCCUGUUCAGACUCCCCAGGUUCACCUUCUACUCUCAAACCUGAAGACAAAUUCUAUCUGGUGUCACGGCAGACUGUCAGCUUCACCCAGCCAGAUGCAGUUCUAGAAUGCCUGGGCAGCCAAUGGGAGCUGCACCUGCCCUACCUGAUCAAGUCGACCACUCUCACUGACCUCUAUGCCUCCUGCCGGAAGCAGAGGCUGCCAUACCCUUCCCCUGAGCCUGCGGGCAGUAAGAGUGACAGCCGCAGACAGGCGGAGCAACAUGGGAGGCCCAAGACCUACCAGCUUCAGAGGAAGAGGAAAAUGAGGAAAACCGCGGAGCCCAUGUUCAUGCAGCUUCCCAUUAGAGACUCGUCCAUCACCAAAGAGGCGCUGUCCUUUGCCCUCUGUACUCUCUACGCACCCGAGACCUGUCCGGAGCAGUGGACCGAGGGGGUGUUGGGUGUUGCCAUCCGACUGGGGGUCCCACCUCUGUUUGAGAGAUGUCUGUCAGAGAUGCGGAGCAGGAUCAGACCUUCCACUGUCAAUGAGUUCCAUCGUGUGGCCGGCAGGUAUAAGGAGGAGAGCCUGAUGAAGGAGUGUGAAAAGUGGUUAGAGCGCCACCUGGUGUGUGACUUAAGCAACAGCAUCUACCUGAAAUACCUGCCCUUGGAGUUGCUCCUGAAGAUUAUCCGAUCUCCCAGAGUCUUCACCCCCAGUGAGUACCAUCUCUUGAGGACAGUGCUGUACUGGGUAUACCUGCAGUUAAACACCACAACGCAGGUCUUACCCACACACCCUCCCAUCAUCACUUUCUUCUCAAGCUGGCCUAAGGAGGGGGCUUUCUUGGAACAACCAGACGGACAGCAGUACUCUAUCCUCUUUCAUUCUCUUCGUCUUCACGGCAUCACAGAUUAUCACCAUCUCGAGGAGAUGCAGAGGACCCGUAUCUUCCCUCAGUCAUGGCUUCUCAAUCUCUUCUCCACCCAUUACUACACACUCCUCAGAGGUGGGGACAUGUCGGUGAGAAUUUUCUCCAAGCAGGCCUUGCGCUUUGGGAUGAUCAUUAAACGGGAACCACAGUGCUGCUCUCAGACCGUGGCUCUCUGGGGAUUCUACUUCCUAAUGAGGGCAGCAAAGACAGAGUUGAAUACAUACACCUUCAGUCUACAGAGGCUGAAACAGUGGGACUCAGAGCUGCCAUCUCGUGCCUGGCAGCGCUAUCCCAUCAGCAUGAUGGCAGAGCGACUGGUGCGCUACCAGGUCUUUGUCCAGAGCCAAAACGGCGACGAGUGGCAGGACUUCUGCUCCGGUCCAAUCCACCAUGAGUUUGGCCUAAUGAAGCCCUCCUGCUUCAGUGAGGUCUUCAAACUGUCAGGUCUGACUCUCCCCAUUCUCGUGACCUUUGCCCUGGCCUUACCGCCUUUGUGACCUCAUGUUACCCCGAUGACAGAAGUCACCUCUAGCUGUCAACUGUGCAAUAAAGCGGUUCCCUAACCCUGCUCCUCUGUCAUAACAGUGUAUCAGAUAUCCACUUGACCUUCCAUGCUCUUUGCCUCAGUGUUGUUUUCUGCACUGCUCCCACGAAACCCAGAACAGUGCAUGGUGUAGGACUACCUGCUUCUGAUCCUGAUUGGUCAAACGGACCUUUUACCCACCCAAUCUGGGCCUUUGGAAUAAGUCUCUGUGUCCAGUCAGAUGUGUCAGCACAUCGUCACUGCUGGCUGAAGCAGGAAUCAACUCAGAAUCUCACACACAUGCAGUGAAUCUGGGACUGACUUUGCCAUUGAUCCUUAACUAAAACAAGUAAUAAUUGAUAAUUAUAUCUAAACAAUGUCUCGCUUGACAAACUGACUGUUGUUUAUCCUUACAUUCCUUACAUUGUU